AUGGAAGGAAGCAUGUGCGCGGGGCAUAUGAAGGAAGAAACUUCAAGAAAGGGCCUUUUGGUGGGCACUAUGGGGCAUUUCAUGGGCAUUCUCAUUACCAUGUAUAUGCCAAAAGAAAAAAAGCAAGGGAAAAUGUCAAAAGAGAUGAGGACUAGAACUUUGGCCAUGAGUUUGGGCAACGAGAAGCCCAAACUAAAACCACGGAUACUCAACGGGGCCUUUAUGUUGAGAGCACAGAUAUAUCCACCAACCAUUCUCGCUUCUCAGAAGUACCCCUUCAUCGCGAAUAUUUCCAUCACGUAUCGUCUAGACAAGAAUAUAUAA